AUGCCUAGUGCUGUCACCAGCACACGCACUGUAACGGUGUCUCCCUCAGCUGCCACCUGCAGUGCUUCCACCAGCACUCUCACCACGACGGUCGCUGCAUCGGGCUUAACCUGCACCGCUGCCACAAGCACCCUCACUAGGACGGUCACCCUUUCCGCCAGCGCUCCUCCCAGCACCUCUUCGUCCUCUACGAGCGGCUCAUCCUCCUCGGCCACGUCUCCCACCAUUACAAGCUCCAGCGCAAGCUCCACGUCUUCGUCCAGCUCUGGCAGCAACACCAACCCGACGGUGACCCUCACGGCUACGCAGACCAACACGAGGACUGGUCUCAACGCGGCUGCAACCUCAAUUGGCAAGCUGUGGUUCGGUACUGCGGCAGACAUCCCAGGCACUGGCGAGGCGGCCGACUACUACUACACCCAGGAGUUCAACAACACUCUUGACUUCGGCGAGGCUACUCCGGCAAACAUUAUGAAGUACGAAUUCACUGAGCCGCAGCCCGGCGUCUUCGACUUCUCAGGUAGCGACUACUUCUUGGCCUUCGUUAAAGCGACCGGCAAGCAGGUCCGCUGCCACAACCUUAUCUGUACCCAGGAGCUACCGACAUGGAUCACCUCGCCCACUGUCCCGUGGACCAAUGCUACUCUCUCCGCAGCACUGUACCGCCACGUCUACACUCUGGUAACAUACUUCGGAGACCAGUGCUACAGCUGGGACGUUGUGAACGAGGCUUUCUCCGACGCGUCAAAUGUCACCUACUCGGACAACGUCUGGUUAGCAAACAUUGGUCCCAGUUAUGUUCAGAUGGCCUUCCAGGCCGCUACCGACGCUGUUCGCAACAACUCAUUGGCUGUCAAGCUUUACUACAAUGACUACAACAUCGAGUACCCUGGUUACAAAGCGACAAGGGCGCAGAACCUCGUGACUUCGCUCAAGAGCCAAAACAUUCAGAUCGAUGGUAUCGGUCUCGAAUCACACUUCAUUGCCGGCUCAACUCCCAGCCGCGCCACGCAGGCUGCCAACAUGGCAGCUUUCGUCGCGCUCGGCGUUGAGGUUGCAGUCACCGAGCUUGACGUGAGACUUAACCUGCCCCCGACUGUCGCCUCUGAGACGCAGCAAGUCACAGAUUACUACAACACCGUUGGCGCUUGUGUGGACACGCCACGCUGCGUUGGUGUUGUUGUUUGGGACUUUGUCGACACCUACAGCUGGGUGCCAAGCACCUUCCCAGGCCAAGGCUAUGCCGAUCUCUUCCUUCAACCCGGUGGUGCCAACACGACCCUCGUCAAGAAGGCGGCAUAUGACGGAUGCUUCCAGGCCCUGACUGGUCAGGCGGUCGGUCUGAAGAUGUAG